GUAGGUUGGGACACAAGGGCCGGAGGAGUGUAUGUCCUAGCCGGUAGCUUCUCUGAGCCCAGAUUCUCAUUUGCCUCAGGAGUGGGACUGAGCACAGACAAGCACAGAACCGCUGGGCCCCCCGUGCCCCCCAGGAAGGACAAUGGAGGUUAUCUCCUUAGCAGGAACCCUGUCCAAACUGGGAAUGUAGGGCUUGGAAACGAGAAAAUGCAAGGUCUGAGAGAGAGGAAAGAACAAGUCCAGCAGUACACAAAGCUCUGUGUAUUCAGAGGGAAGUUGGCAGGGUUGUGUUCGGGCAGAGAAACUCCGAGUGGUACAAAGAGACGUGCUCAGAGUGGAGAAAUCAUGCUAAUUGUCUGCACCGGAGCUGGAGAACGCCACCCAAAAUGAAGAGAGAAAGGGAAGCCCUGUCCAGAGGCUCCAGAGCCCUGAGUCUCGCUCCCUUGGUCUACCUGCUUCUGAUCCAGCCAGACCCCCUAGAGGGGGUGAACAUCACCAGCCCGGUGCGUCUGAUCCAUGGCACAGUGGGGAAGUCGGCCCUACUUUCCGUGCAGUACAGCAGCACCAGCAGUGACAAGCCCGUAGUGAAGUGGCAGCUGAAGAGGGACAAGCCGGUGACCGUGGUGCAGUCCCUCGGCACAGAGGUCAUUGGCAACCUGCGCCCUGACUACCGAGACCGCAUCCGGCUCUUUGAAAAUGGUUCCCUGCUUCUCAGCGAUCUGCAGCUGACCGAUGAAGGCACCUACGAGGUGGAGAUCUCUAUUACCGACGCCACGUUCACCGGGGAGAAGACCAUCAACCUCACCGUGGACGUGCCCAUUUCAAGGCCACAGGUGUUAGUGGCUUCGACCACAGUGCUGGAGCUCAGCGAGGACUUCACCCUGAACUGCUCCCAUGAGAACGGCACCAAGCCCAGCUACACCUGGUUGAAGGAUGGCAAGCCCCUGCUCAAUGACUCUCGGAUGCUCCUGUCCCCCGACCAAAAGGUGCUCACCAUCACCCGCGUGCUCAUGGAGGACGAUGACCUGUACAGCUGUGUCGUGGAGAAUCCCAUCAGCCAGGUCCGCAGCCUGCCCAUCAAGAUCACCGUGUACAGAAGAAGCUCCCUCUACAUCAUCUUGUCUACGGGUGGCAUCUUCCUGCUUGUGACAUUGGUGACAGUCUGUGCCUGCUGGAAACCCUCCAAAAAGUCUAGGAAGAAGAGGAAGAUGGAGAAGCAAAGCUCCCUAGAGUACAUGGAUCAGGCUGAUGACCGUCUGAAAACAGAAGACACCCUCCCACGAAGCGGGGAGCAGGACCGGAAGAACCCCAUGGCCCUCUAUGUCCUGAAGGACAAGGACUCCCCGGAGUCCGAGGAGAACCCCGCUCCGGAGCCUCGGAGCGCGUCGGAGCCCGGCCCUCCGGGCUACUCUGUGUCGCCGCCCGUGCCCGGCCGCUCUCCGGGGCUGCCCAUCCGCUCCGCCCGCCGCUACCCGCGCUCGCCCGUGCGCUCCCCGGCCACCGCCCGGACGCACUCGUCGCCGCCGCGGGCUCCCAGCUCGCCCGGCCGCUCGCGCAGCGCCUCGCGCACACUGCGGACUGCGGGUGUGCACAUAAUCCGCGAGCAAGACGAGGCCGGCUCGGUAGAGAUCAGCGCCUGACACCCCUCCCCGGACACCCCCCUCCGGCACCCGCGUCUGGAGCCGGCCCCCCCGGGGGGGGGGGGUCAGGAAGUCCGGGUGCUGCCGGCGAGGGGCGAGAGGGGUCAGGGCUGGGACGCCGGUGACUGUUGUGCAGACGUGCGUGAGCGCCGGCCGAUGGGGCGGGGGCUGGGGGCGUCGCCUCCGCAAAGUAGCAAUCGGGUGUGAUAGGGGAACCGGGUUACCUUCGCUCUGGGGUUGCGGGCUGUGUUCUCAGCGGGUGUGGGUGCCCUCUUAGGACCGUAGAGAUUAUUAAAUUUCCGGCUCAGUCUCUAAAAGGGUCUUACGGAAACUAACAUCAGUAACUAACUCCCCACGCCUAUCCUGUGCUCUUCUUGGGGGGCUCUCAUGCAUCCCGCCCAUUUUCCUUUCACCCCAACCAGCGCCCGGUUCCGGCGGCAACCUCACCCCCAUCCCAUACACCAUGUCACCGAGGCCACUCGUGCAAAACCUGCAGCUGCACUUCACUAAGGAAAGGCCAGUUAGGCGCGGGUUACUGGGGUACAGAGGCUCUGCUGAGCACCCAGGAAGCCUUGCGAAGGCAGCUCAGAGCACCCGCUCCGGACGCUGGGUCCCAGGUCUCCCAAGGUGGUGAGGGAGAAGCCUGAGCAUAUUCCUUUGCGCCCAGAACCUGGGCCCUGGCAAUGCAAAACCUUUUCCCCAAGCCUGCUCUGGUAGCGUUGGCGGUGGGUGGCAGUGGCUGCAGCGUGCUAUGCCAAGCAUUCUUUGUUUGGUGGUUCUUUUUAGAGAGGUGGUGCCCACUGUCUCCCCUCACCCAGAGAGCCUCAUGCUUAUGCCAGCUGCCCAUCCCGGGGACAGCUGCAGAGUGCCCUCCUACCAUAAGAGAGUGAGCUUCUGAUCUCCAGAAAAGUGGUGUGGGGAGGAGGCUUAGUGUUCCCCAGUGUGUCAGAGCAGCAACCUCCACCCCUGGUUCCCACACCCCGAGAUCCCAGGCCAUGGGGCAGACGCCUAUCAUUAGUACCCUAACGACACUAACAUCCAAUACCCAGAGGCUGGGCCAUGCUCAGGCUACUGCCUCUGAACAGUGUGGAGGAGGAAAGGACAGCUAAAAAGCUCAAAGAGUAGGAGGCGCUGGGUGCUCCAGUGCGUCCUCCGGACGUCCCCGGAGGAUCCUGCCUGCCCAGUCCUUCCCUAAGUACUGAUCUUCAAUUUUGACUUUCCCAGGAGCAACCCCCAAGACCCCGGUAUCCACCAUCUCCACACAGGGGCGCACUGUUUUCCAAGGACACAAAGAGUUCUCAUUGGUCCCCCUGCCCUCGUCUCCACAGCACCCCAUUACUCUGUCCGUGUGCACUUCAGCAGGCCCAACUGAAUAGUGUCUCUGCAGCUCCCCUAGGUGGCCUGAGUCGCCCCCUUAGCCCUCCUGGGUGCCUCGGCCAUCCUAGAUUAGGCAUGUCGGGGAAAGCUGCUCAGGCCACUGGGAGAAAUGCAAGGCUCGGAGAAGGAGCUCCUGCCAGUCAGCCUGAGACACAGAAGUGAAAAUGGGGAGGGGGUGGGGGCGUGCCGCGCCCUGGUGCUGAAUCCAUGAGCAGCCGUCUGUCCCCCCAGACUCAAGCCAAAUCUGCCUUAAACUGGGGAGGGGGGAAGGACGUGGAAUUUUGUUUUUGUUUUGAUCUUCAUCUUUGUAUUACUAGCGUCUAGCAAAGUGCCUAGCACACACUGGAUGCUCAAUAAAGUUUUGAUAAAACGA